CCAAAUACAAGUGACAACAUGAUGUUAAUUAGACUUCAUGUGAAUCACUAAAGCAGUUGUCAACAACAAACUUAGGUGAAUCCUUUUCCAGACCAUUGCUUGAUGUAAUCAUAGAUAAAUAUACCACUGACAAUAAAAGUUUAUUCAAGUUACAAAGUCUAAUAAUACCAAAUGUUUACCAAGUGAUGAGCAGCAGAUUGAAUUGCCACUAGUAAACUUGGAUAAGGAUCAUUUAGUAUCAAUUCUUGCUGAUGAAUUACAAGCAGAAAUAAUAAAAAAAUAUAAUGAAGGAGUUAUUAAAUUUAAUUUCAUGCUUCAAAAUCAACAUUGUCUUUAUCACCACGAAAUUUCGAGUUUAAACUAGAAAACAAAAAAUAAAUAUUAGUUUAGACUGCGAAUUACGAGUUCAAUAAGAAAAAAGGAUACUGUCAGAAAGACAACGAGAAAAAAUUAAAAACAAGUUUAACAAGCUUCUUAAUGUAUUCGGAAAAUUGUCCACUUUUAAAAAACCUUUUAAUUGAGUUAUUUUAUUCAUUUAUUUAUAGUAUGCGACAGGCAAAAGCCUACUAAAGCCAGAAAAAUAUAUUUUGUUGUCAGAUAAAAAAUUGUAUUCGAUUAUUUUAUUUUUAUAUUGAAAAAGAAAAAAUUAUAUUAUUCUUCUUCUUCUUUUGUUUCACUUUUUUACAACUAUUUAUAUUAAACUGUCUGAUAACUUUGUCAAUUUUUCAGAAUAUUUAAUUAAUUAUUAAUUGAAAAAAAUUAAGUGUUAACUUCUUGUUGUAUACUGUUUCUGUAAUAGACCAGAUGUAAGCUAUAAAGAUGGUUUAAAUAAUGCGCGCCUAAAAGUCGGCCAUGUUUGAUGCUUGUGCGACGACCUUAUCCCAGCCGUCUAUUAAUCUACAGACCUUGAUUUCUAAUGUACGGAGUUGACUCUCCUUCUUUCUAGUCUUCUUGAUUUACACACAUGCAAACAAGAUGGCCGCCAAUGGCCUGCGCAGUAGAUUUUUAUUUUCGACCGAGGCAUGGACAUACCUGUAUAUUUCUACCAUGCGUAUGCAUUACAUUAUCACCUACAUUGAAUUAGUUGAAUUAGGAUUAUAAAUAAUUUUGAAGAAAAAUUUUGAUCUUUGUCUUAUACACGUCGUUGAAGACACAAUCAUGAAAGAUAUUGAACUACAAGAAAAAAAAGUGUUCAUAUUGACAACGGCAGUGGAUUCUUUUGAAAAUCCUACAUCUGUCGUUUCUAGAAUUUGAAUAAUUUAUUUUUUAUUUAACGAUUUACAUUCCAAUAGUGUAAAGUGCGCAGUGUUGGGGUGACUCUGCAGUUAUUAGUCUGAUAGACAUUCGUAGAAUUUCAACUUAAAGUUAAAAAACUUAGAAGAAAUGAACAACAUAGAAAAUAUUAUUCCCAUACCAGAAGGUCAAAGUCAAGCAGAUUUUAUAAAAAAUGAUUUAGGUUUCAAUAUUGAUACAAAUGAUCCAUUGACCAAGGCGGCUUUAAGUGAUUCAGUAGAAAAUGAAAAUAUGGAUAUAUUGGGCAGUGGUGAAUUAAUGAAAAAAACAUUAAUUAAAGGAGAAAUAAAUACACGACCGGGGCGUUUAGAUUUGUGUGUUGUUGAUAUUGAUGGAAAACUUGAAGAUGGAACAAAAGUUGAAAACUUCACUGAUUAUAAAAUUCAGUUGGGUGAUGUUGAAGUUGUUCAGGGACUCGAUUUGGCAAUAGCACUCAUGGAUGUCGGGGAGGUUGCUGAAAUAACAGUUUUUCCAAGAUUCGCGUAUGGUAACCUUGGGAGAGAUCCUGAUAUUCCAUCAAGUUCCAAAAUCAUCUACAAUGUUGUUUUAAAAUCUGUUACUAUGGAGCCAGAAAUUGAUGAAAUGAGUUACGAAAAAAAAAAAGAAUUCGCAGACAAAAAACGAGAGAGAGGUAAUUGGUGGUUUUCUAGAAAUGAGCCAGUAUUGGCAAUCCAAUGUUAUCGAAGAUCCCUGGAUUAUCUUCAACCUUCAGUUGAUAAUAGCAAUAAAACAUCUCAAAAUAAAAUUACAGAUUCACAGUUGCAAGCUCUCUUUGCCGACAGAACAAAAGUUUAUAAUAAUUUAGCAGCAGCACAAAUAAAAACUGAAGCAUAUGAUACUGCUUUGGAAAGUGUUGAUAAUGUAUUGAGAGCUGAACCUGAAAAUAUCAAGGCAUUAUUUAGAAAGGGUCGAAUACUGACGAGAAAAUGUGAAACCAAAAGAGCAAUAUUAACAUUUGAAAAGGCAGCAAAAUUGGAUCCAGAAUCAAAAGCAAUUACGCAAGAAUUAUCAGUUCUUAGACAAAAACUUGUCAAUGAAUCUGUCGAACAAAAAAAGUUAUACAAAAAAAUGUUGGGAUCACCAAAAAAAAUUGAAAAUAUGUCGUCAACGGCAUCAUCAAAAUUUAAAAACAAACUUGCUGUCUGGAGCCUUUUUGGAGGAACACUUGCAGCUGUUGCUGGUGUUAUUGUUUACAAAUUUGCAUUCUAGUUUUCAACUUUUAUUCGAGUUUUGAAAAAUUGAUUAUCAACUUCUAAAUUUAUGCAUUAUAUUAUUGAUCUCUCGAUGUUUUUGUUUUGAUAUUAAAAAAAAAGAUCACUGAGUUUUUACAAAUUUUUCGAUAAUAUAUUUUCAAUAAAGAAAUUUCAAUUAGAAAGAAAAAU